ACCGCGAGAAAUGGACAAUAGUGGCAGCAGAGCCGAAGCCGAACGGUGGCUCUACACCGCCAAUAAGCUCCUCAGUGCACGUGAUCUGCACGGGGCUAGGUCUUUCGCGGUUCGAGCCCGUGAGUCCGAUCCCACAUUUGACGCUUCUGAGUUGCUGCUCGCUGUCAUCGAUACCCUCCUUGCCGGUGAGACUCAGAUCAAUGGCCUCCAUGAUUGGUAUAGCAUCCUUCAGAUUCUGCCUUAUACUCACAAUAUCGAGUACAUCGCCUCCCAGUACCGUCGUCUCGCUCUCCUCCUUGACCCUCAUCGUAACCCUUUUGCGUUUUCUAGCCAUGCGUUCACGCUCGUUCAUGACGCGUGGUCUGUACUCUCCAAUCCAGCUAAGAAGGCUAUGUACGAUAACGAUUGCUGUCUCACCGCCCCUCCUCCUGCGGCCCCUCCCCCG